AUGGCCCACUGCAUCUCCCCUCGCAAGUCGGGCGUCCGUAACCCUCAGCCUCUCAAGAAGCACGACGCCCAACAGGGCAGCCGGAAGAACCGAAUUGUGUGGCGGAGCGAGAUCGCGGGCAGGAUCAUCCCCAUCACGAAUCCUGUCGAUGACUUUCUGGGGCAUUUUGUCCCUGGGCACAAGCCUCGCAGGCCUGUCAUGAAAUCGCACUUCGACUUCCCGUCGGACGCCAAAGUCGAGAAUGACCUAUACGAGCCUUUGUGCGAAGGCUUCACCUCGUUGGUGAGCCGCUUCGACGAGGAAACGAAGCCCACCUUUGUCAACCACAACCACAAUCGGAUCACGUUUCCGUACGCGCUGGGUGCCUCUGAGCACCACGUCACCCGACCGGAUGUCAUCGCGUCAUUUCCGGGCGAGACUUCUGUCAGCCCUCAUGCCGACUACUGGAGAAACAUUUCGUUCGUCGUCGAGGUCAAAUUGAAGGAGAGCGAAGAUCCCAUGAAGUCGUAUUCGCAGGAACAUGAGGAGACGUUGAUUCAGUUGGCAAAGAGCGCGCGGAAUUUGCUCGUCUCACAGAGUCGUUUGUUUGUCUUUGUCAUCGGCAUCUACGGGCGACUAGCCCGGAUCUUCCGCUUUGACCACGGCGGGGCUGUGUGCUCGCGCGCAUUCAACUACACAACCCUUCAAGGCAGCCGUCAUCUCCACGAAUUCCUUUACCGAUUCACUCAUCCUCUCCAUGAUGAUUGCCGCAUCGUCGGGUCUGAUCCGACCGUAGAACUGGUUGGUUCGGAGGAGCGUGCAAAUGUGGUCAGUAUGCUCCGCAACGCCGGCGUUAACCACGAAGACUCGGACGAAGCCUCCAAGGCCUACCGGUACAUCACAGUCAGUCCUUCCAAGGGGCAGCACGUGAAGUAUCUUGCCUACGACUUGGUCUUCAUCAACCCCCACCUCUUCUCGCGGGCGACAACGGUGUGGGAGGCCAUCGAGAUCGGCCCGAGCAACGAAGCUACGGGUCAUCCUGUCAUCGUCAAGGAUUCAUGGCGACAGUUGGUCCGGCAGCUGGAGAGCGACAAUUACAAGGACAUCUUUAGCUCUGCCAAAGAUGCAACCGACAUGUCUGGCGUCGCGAAGUUCUUGGGUGGCGAAGAUUUGGGAACAAGCGAAAUCGAGUCGAUGGACAAUGGCGAGCCUGGCGGCGGCGAAAUCGGACACCUGACUGUGACCGCACGCCACUGUGUUAAUGGCAAACACGCAAAUAACGAAAGGAGCCACACGCGCUUGGUGCUUGGGACCGUAGGCAUCCCCCUCUCACGCUUCAACUCGACGAGAGAGAUGGUGGAAGCGUUGCGAGACGCUAUCCAAGGACAUCGCAAACUUUUCGAAGGGGGCGUCGUGCAUCGCGACAUCAGCGAAGGCAAUGUCAUGAUAUCUAGGAAUCCCGAGUCACAAUGUACCGGGUACAUUCAGGACCUGGAUUAUGGACUCAACUGGAUAAGGUUUCUCAAGGAGCUCGGUUGGGGGUCGGAGGAAGCAGAAUGGGAUGCUUUCGUGAGGGACGAGUCCGCGAAGAUUCGCAAAAUCCGCAAAGACACGAAGCUAGCGAGGGCCUACACGAAGAGAGACACACCGAAGCCCGUCUUCGAGCAGAAAGCAGGCGCGGACGGCGGAGACAUCAGCCAGCAGAACGGGGCCAACGCUCAAACUGAUAACCGUAGCGGCAGCUCAUUUGGUGCCAAACAGAGCCUUGGAACUCUGGACGGUCUCGGCAAAGACGAAGCCGACGAUGCUCCUGGGGGCGUCGAAGUCUCCAGGCGCGACGAGCUGAAACCGACGGAACGCAGAACACCGAGUGCGGAGGAUGUGAAGAUGCAAUGCAAAGUACGAACGGGUACACUGUAUUUCAUGGCGGUGGAGAUAAUCGAAGGCGGCGUCGUCCACGAAGUCCGUCACGACCUUGAGUCGUUCUUCUGGCUUCUCCUGUGGCUGGUCCUGCGACACACCGACCACGACGCCGGGCCACGAGGUUGCGAGUUGAUUUUUGACGGCGACACCGACACCGAAUGCAAAUUCAAGAAGGCAGCAUACCUCGACGAAGAGGUGGGCGUUUUUGUUCACGGGAACGAACCCCUAUGCAUGCUGCUGGAAGAAUUCCGCGACCUCUGCAGCAACAACCACUGGAGGAAGAGCCAACCACCGGUGCCUCUGACUUACGAUAGCGUCCUCGACGUCUUCAAAAAGGCCCUCGAUAUGGAGUGGCCUUCGGACGACAAGGCUCUCCCUUACAUCCUUCCGGCUGAUGACGAGGAGAUCUCUCCUGUUCCAUGCCAGUCGCGCAAACGCCACACAAGUAACAUCCGCAGUAGCCAGAUCCAAUCCGAGGGCCAGAGCAGCCAUGACCUUCCCAAAACUGAUCGUAGUGGCCAAUCUCGACUACCUCGGGCUGGUACUCAAUCAGCGGCGCAGCGACGCGUAGGCGAAACGAACGGCAGCGCUCGUAAACGAUCGCGCGAGCAGCGUGACACGUCGGAGGUUGUUGACCCUCAGCCUGUGCGGUCGAAGCGUACGAGGACGAACAGUGAACGAGGUCAAUCUGCUUCAGGGAGAAGGGGACGGUCCGUCGGUAAAUGAGAGGGCUCUCGCUCGACCCCGUAAUAUUUUGUGUACUAUCGUCUCUUAUUUUUGGACUUGUCGUAGUGCUGCUGUAAUAUUGAUCACUGGAGGUUUUCCCGCUGCUACAUACACUUGGAUCACUCGUAAUAAUCUGCUCUUUGUCCCCG